AUGGGAAAAAUCAACACAUGUGUAAAAUUACAUGAGACACGACAAAUAUCAACAAAGAGAGCUUUGUUCAUUUUCAUCGCAACCACUCUUGUAUUAAUACUCACACUGGUAAUUGACAACAGAGACAGCUCAGGCUCAAGCUUUUCAAUUCAUCAAAUAUCAUCAUCAACAACAAAAACAACAACAAUACCAAGAAGACCAGAAGCGACCGGACGGCUUAUAAGAUCACAACCGUUCUACUAUGGCGUUGAUGGCCCACGUGAUCCAAGGUUUUACAAUAUCAUACCUGAGGAGGAAGCAUUGACGUUUCCACCAUGCAAAGAUAUAAAUCAAGCGGCUUCAACACAGUACUCAAAAGUAUCACUAGCAGACCAUUCCAAAGACACGUACGCUAUUGGUGAAACAAUACGAGCUGUUGUCACUUUGUUCAACGGCUAUGGUAAACGCAAAUAUUCCGGAGGAGAUCAGAUUAGAGCUACAAUCGAAAGCAACAUGUUCUUGGCGUCGGCUCCUUGCGUGAUUACAGACAACAGAGACGGGACUCAUGCGGUAUUUUGUGAAGCACUGUGGAGUGGCGAUUCAAAAAUAAACGUUUCACUAGCAUAUACAAGAGAGGUGAUAACACGGCUUUAUGACAGAAAACUUAAGACUUUACCAAAGAAUCUGAUAUAUGGAACGUAUAUGAAAGGAAAUUACACGGAGGACACUCCUUGUCAUCCAAUCCGUAAAAAUCUUCUAAUUUUAACCAGUUAUACAGAGAUUUGUGACUUAACUAGCCAGAACUCCGGAAUGCCAUUUUUCUGCGGGAGACCAAGCAAUGAAAACUUAUUGUGUGAAGACUUGCAGGUUUUGAAUUUGGAUCGACUCGGUUCGAAUUCUGUCAAAGGAUCUUUAACAGACUGUGAGAGGAAGCUGUUCCAAAGCGCACACCACACAUUGGAACCGAGUUUAUCUAUUUAUGUUGCUAACAGGAUCGAAGAGAAAUAUGUGUCUGUGAUAGACAAACCGUCUAUACCUUGUUCACAGUACAAUGUUUCCCUAACUUGGCAUUCCAGAAGACCCACUGGCUUCUUUUAUGGCGGAAAAUGGAACUUACGUAAUUGUCUUGGUACAUCACAACAACGUCUAAUGUCGUGUCUUCGGAACAGGCGUUUAUAUUUGAUUGGCGAUUCGACAGUGAGGCAAUGGUUUACAGCUGUUCUAGACCGUUUUAAAUGUAAGAUGGCGAAUGAAGAUUUCUGGAAAUGUCCAAAAUGUCAGAAAAAGGUACAGUGUACCAAUAAAGACAUUAAUUUCGAAACAGUAUGGUACCAGCAUGGUCAGCCAAACCGUAUGAAAACAGGAUGGUACACUAAGAACACUUGGUACUCCACGUCCUAUCAUAUAGACAAAAUACCACGAGAAGAACGUGCUAUUGUACUGAUACAUAUUUAUUUGCAUGUGCAUGGCUACCACAGUGAUGUUUUUAAGCAAAGGAUGCAAAUUAUUCGAAAAAGUGUCGAAAAUUACUUAUCACAAAGCAAACACUCUAUAGUCCUGAUUAAAGCACCACAUACGCAUUUUGAUGUUCCUUUGGGUGACUUUUCUGGCUAUGUGUUUAGUAAGAUUUUAUUUGAUGUGUUUGAUGGUUUACACGACAAAGUCGUGUUGCUUAACAAUAGAGACGCAACUCAAGCUCAGCACGAGGUUCCGAUACAUCCACGGAAAAAUAUAGUUAAUGCGAUGGUUGACCAGAUGAUGAGCUAUGUUUGUAAUUAGUCAAUGUCAGAUUACAGUUUUUUGUAAUUAAGAUGUUUUCAGUGGGUUCGAUAUUUAAGUAACACCAGUGGCGUUGGUCAAAAGUAGACCCCAAUUUUUAUUGUUGAAGAUCCAAGAUUGUAUUAAGUACAUAUAGGUUAUGAGUAACACCCGAAUGGCUCCAUUAGUUUCAAGGAAGAAUUUAAACCUUGACGAGGCGUGAAGCUAAAUAGGGGGUCGAACGUAUAUUGGCUAGAUAAAAUUUUAAACGAGAGCAAAAGGUUUGCGAAACGUAAAAUGAAGCACAUGAGCGAAGGAUAAGACAUGUACAAUACAAUUCAAUACAAUACACAAUACAAAUUUUAUCUAAAGUCUUUGCAUAUAUAGCUAUUUACCGACAUAAUGUACAUAUUUGCCUAAUUUAUCUGAAAUUUCUUAUUGGCUUGGAGCUACGGCUCCAAGCCUAUGUAGUGUUUUCGUUGUUUUUUUUGGUACCCAAGUGUGUGUUAGUAUGAUACGAAAAGCCGGGAAGGUGCCGCAAACCGAGAUCAAUAUGUUACGAAUUCAGUAAUAGGUUGCAGCAACAAGCGAUUUGUGACGUAAGCGGCGCAAUGCGGCAAUAUUGGAAGUUUUCCGAUUGCAGUUGCUCUUUUGUUUGUCUGUUAUUGAAAUAGGGGUGUACAUCAAUAUGAAUAUAACUAUAAAACGUAAGUCUGUACAAUAAACCGACAACUUCUCAAUUUUGACGUUUACAUUAUUCAUGACCGAGUUUACAUUUAUCCAUUGUAGUAAUUGUUAAGAAGAUUUAACGAGCAGUUGUGAAAUUUGUUAGAGAACACCCCCUAAAAAGAUGUAACCUGCCAAAAGGGCUAUUAUGGUUGAUUCGAUUAUUGUUGUAGGGGUGCUAUUAAAAAAAGUUAAGGAAGUAGCUCUGCAAGGUAUAUUAAACCAA